AUGUUGAUUCGCACCGUCCUUACCUUUUCCCUUGCCAUCAUUUCUGUCGCUGCAUCGGGUUUCGAAUCAACAAACAACGCCAAUCGAUUGUUCAAACGUGAAGACAAACUGCCAUUUGCAACUCUCCCAAAUGCAAACUGUGGUGCACCAACUGUCUGUUCCAACAUCGAUCAGAACAUCACCUGUCGAUGCAACGAUGUCUUGACUGUAUGCGAGAACACCUCUGGCCAGUUCUGCUGGGGAUCCAAAACUCUCACCAGCAAUUCCUGUCCCACAAUUCCCACUAGUUGCAGCAGCGAAUUCAACGGAACAGCAAGCUGUCUGUGCAGUGGUAGCCAGGUACUUUGUGUCGAUAGUUACAACCAUUACUGCUAUGGUACAUACCAGACAGACUCUACCGGAAGUGCUUCUGUAGCUAUUGCAGCAAUUCCCGAUGCCGGAUCUUCUGCUGCUGUCUCUUCUGCUGCCGUUUCUGCUUCUGCUUCUGUUCCUCUUUCUGCCGCCGCUUCUGCUUCUGUUUCAGACGCUCUUGGUGGAACCAUUAAAACCAACCCUGCCCCAACUGCUCCUGCCGCUUCGCCUUCUGUAGAAUCUUCCGCAACACAAUUGUCAGCCCUUAAAGCCUCUGUAUCUGCAUUACUUGUAUCUAUUGCCUAUUUUGCUUUGCAAUAA